AUUAGCAAUAGAAUCUUUGACCAAAAUGAGCACAAAUGAUGAAGAUAUUGAGAUUUGCAACUGUUCCAAAUUGCUGGGAUCUUGUUUGGAUAUUGUCACUCCAAAGAAUGAAAAAUUAAGUGCCUACUACAAAAGGAGUUUUGCCCAUUAUACAGUGAAGUCUCGAUUGCCAGUUAUACUAACUAAAUUAAUAGACAGUUUAGCAAGGAGUAAACAGGAUAUUCUAGAAAUUUAUGGGAAGGAGUCUUUGGAUGAACUCAAGACUGUUAUUGGUGAAAUAUCUAAACUAAAAUAUGAGCUGCAAACCAAUAAACAAGUUGCUAAAUUGGAAUCCAAUACACCUGAUGCCAAGGCAUACAACAUCUUCAUUAAGAAAUCCCUGGACCAAAACUGCCAAUGCUCAUAUUAUAAUGUCAUUUGGUUAUUUGCUGAAUGCUUUAUGUAUCGCCGAAUUUUUGAGAUUUUCAUAAAAACGGAUUACUUGCAGGAAUUUGAUUACUUUGCUAAGUACAAGCAGUCUGCAUUUGAGAGUACACAACCUCUCAUGAGUGUUUUAGGAGGAAAACUGAUUGAACUAACUGCUGGUAUAACACCUGAGUCUCCAGCAAUGGAUAGAGAUGGUUUAAAAAGCAAAUUUGUAACACUUCUGAAGCUAAAUCUUUGGGGCAAUAAAUGUGAUUUGUCUCUAUCACUAGGAAAGAAUGAAGAAUCACAGACCAGUUUUGUUGAUGACUUGGGAGUUAUGGAUACAAAUAUACUAUGUGAUCAGUCUGAUGAGAUCUAUGCUGCACUCUGCAGAGACACCAUGUUUGAAGUAAUUGAUUUUGUCUGUGACAAUGCUGGCUAUGAACUAUUUACUGAUUUUUGUUUGGCUGACUUCUUGAUAACCCACCAAUAUGCAAGGCAAAUUCGCUUCUUUGUGAAACAGAUCCCAUGGUUUAUUUCGGAUGUUAUGCCCCGGGAUAUUUCCUGGAUCUUGGAAACACUUGCAAAUUCCGAAGAUAAGAACUUGAGAAAUUUAAGCGAAAAAUGGUUAAGAUAUUUUGAUACUAAGUUGUGGGUUGUGGAGGAAUCGUAUUUCUGGACCACCUAUUUACCCUUUUCGCAAAUGUUAGAGAACGACGAGCAGCUAUAUAAAAAAUUGUCUAGAUCAAAGUGUACAUUUUAUAAGGGUGAUUUAAAUUAUCGUAAGUUAUUGGGCGACAGAAACUGGGAUCCGGUGACUCCAUUCGAAGAUGCUCUUGAGGGCUACCAUCCAAGUAGAUUGUGUUCUCUGAGAACACUUAAAGCUGAUUUAAUUUGUGGCUUGAGAGAAGGUUUGGCACAGGAAAUGGAGGAGAAGGAUCCAGAAUGGCUUACUUCAGGCGAAUAUGGCGUUAUUCAAUAUUCUGACAAAGUUACGAGAGUUUAACAUACAAAUUUUCAACAUAUCUAAUUCGCAAUACUACAUUUGUAUUCUCCAAAGAAUAAAUAAAAUCCCCUUUUCAAUCUAGCAAA